AUGCCUCAAAUGCCUGUCGCAAUUUUCGUCGGUGGAACGAGUGGUAUCGGGCGGGGCAUGGCAGAAGCUUUUGCGCACCACUUGAAUGGAAUGGCACAUAUCAUCAUUAUCGGACGAAACCAGGCCGCUGCAAACGAAAUGAUCACCUCAUUCCCAAAACCCACUGAGCCCAGUACAGAACCCUCGUCAUCCGAUGGCCCUAUUUUCCUUCAUGAAUUCGUCUCAUCUGAUUUCUCCCUCAUAUCCAACGUGCACAAAACGGCAAAGAGUCUCCUGAACCGCCUGCAAAGAAUAGAUUAUCUGGUAUUGACGCCAGGAGUGUCGCUGUUUGCAAGGAGGAAAGAGACCAAGGAAGGUCUGGAUGAAAAGAUGGCGCUGAGUUACUAUUCAAGAUGGACGUUCAUUCAUGACCUGUUGCCUUUGUUGAGAAAGUCGGAAAUUCGUGGCGGCGCAAAGGUGUAUUCUGUUCUGUCUGCGGGAAGAGGAGACCUCGAAUCAGUGGAUACGGAUGACCUUGACUUGAAAAAGAAGCAUACAAUUCAGAGGUGCAGAUUGGCCUUGUCGACGUAUAACGAUUUGAUGAUGCAGAAACUAGCCAAACAAGAUCCCCAGAUUGGUUUCAGCCACGCAUUCCCUGGUCUCGUUCGCUCGCCCAUGCUAACAUCUUCAAUAUGGUACUAUCUUUUCUAUCCAUUUUUCACCUUCUUUGCACAAGCACCCGAGGCUGUAGGUAAAAUCCAUAUCUCUACGUGUAUGGCAUCGCCGCCAGGUUUCAACCGUUAUGGUGAAAUGGGAGAGUCGUUAAAGUAUACGCCCGCUGAUGAACUGAUUGUCGAGCGCCUCUGGAAUCAUACAUUGCAGGUGACAGAAUCUCUAAGGGAGGAAUAA